AUGUCGCCCCUCCACCCGGUACCACCGCGCCCUCACCCCACCCUACACCAUACAAAGCAGCAUCACCGUAUUCAUUACCCCCCCCCACCCCACCCCACACCUUCAAUCAGCCCACCCCCACCCCACCCACCCCAUCACCACCCCUCCCCAACACCCAGCACCUCUACUCCACCUCACCCACCCACGCCCAAGGCCCCCCCCCAGCCCCACCACACCCACCCAUCCAUCCCAACCACCCCCCCAUACCACAACCCCACCCCCCCACCACCAACACCACACCCCCUUCACAAUUCCCAAUCACACAUAUGGAACCCUUGUUACUUCGCGGAAAAUUGCAAUCCAGAAGCUUCUAGAGUUUUCGUGCAACAGUCGAAACGUGCGUCAUCUUUUCGACUAAUUCCAACUUGGCAGUGA